AACUGUUUCGCGAAAGGAAUAAUUAUAAAUAUUUAAACUAAUAUUUUAUUGAUAAUUGGUCGAGCAAACUUAACGAAUUGAAUGGUUUCCUUUGAUGUCCAUGAUUAACAUCCAUCGUUCGGAUGAGAAGUGAGUUAGAUAACCUCUUUAAAAUCCGGAUAUAAGACUUCUACUUAUAUACAUCCGGCUUUUACCGAUGAGUGAAGCGGUUCUGUGAUUUACUGGAAUUAAAAGUCUUGUUUUUUUUACAUAAAUACUUUCGUACUAACAUCAGUAAUUCGUAAGUUUACAAUGUUUCGAGUGAUAAUGUCUUUGCGUCCUCAGGCUUGCAAAGCGGCUUUCAGUGUAUCAACGUUGAUAAAAGCCAAGAAUCUAACACUGGUAGAAAAUGCACGUAACAUCUGUGUCAGUUCCAAGCUUUUUUGUUGUCAACCUCAAGUUCAGAAACCUGCCCCUGACUUCUCUGGAACAGCUGUGGUUGAUGGUGAUUUCAAAGAAAUAAAACUGAGUGACUACAAGGGCAAAUAUGUUGUUCUUUUUUUUUAUCCUUUAGAUUUCACAUUCGUAUGUCCCACUGAGUUAAUAGCAUUCAGUGAGAAAAUUUCAGAGUUCAAAGCUUUGAACACACAAGUGAUUGGAGUAUCUACAGACUCUCACUUCAGUCACCUAGCCUGGAUUAAUACUUCAAGGAAACAGGGUGGUUUGGGUGGUAAUUUAGGCUAUCCCCUUCUAAGUGAUUUUAAGAAAGAAAUAUCAAACAAAUACAGUGUUCUCCUUCAAGAAUCUGGAGUAGCCUUGCGAGGAUUGUUCAUAAUAGACAGAGAAGGAAUACUGAGACAACUUAGUGUGAACGAUCUACCAGUUGGAAGAAGUGUUGAAGAAACACUGAGGCUUAUCAAAGCAUUCCAAUACGUUGAAAAACACGGAGAAGUUUGUCCUGCUAAUUGGCAGCCAGAUUCUAAGACCAUAAAACCGAAUCCAAAGGAUAGCAAACAAUACUUUGAGUCAGUGAAUUGAAAAUUAAAUACAAUAUUUUAUACAACAUAAUGUACUGUAAUAUAUAGUAAUAUAUACACAAAUCUUUG